UGACAGCUGAGUGAUCUGUGCCAACAGAAGGAGGACCUCGUGUACAGAGCAGCCCAUUAGUUUCCAUGCAUCUGGUUGUGGAGAAGGGAGACUUCAUGGACAUCCUUAGUUCUCUAAUGUGCUGUGAUGAUGAUGCUGGGUCGUAACAUGAAGACUGCCAACAUAUGGUGUCUGGGGAGACAGCGCAUGACAUCAUAUACAGAUGCUAGAAACCAACAUGGCAGCUGUGAACUGAAACCUGGCUCUGUGAGCAGUCCAGUCAGUAAGUGAAAUACUGGGUGAGUAAAAUUUCCCGGGCUGUUGUAUCUUCUUUGCUUGCAGAAAUCAACUGCCUGGUACUGGAUGUGAGUCCCACAGCGUUGGAAGUUUUACUUUCUCAGCAAAGCGGUUCCACAAAGGGUUUAUAUCUCGAUGCUUCAUGUGAGCAGUGCAACAUCUACUGGCCUGAAUGCAAAAUUGGCAAAUACAAACAUUUGUAUAUCACAAAUUGAAUAGUCAUCUACUGAAAUGAGCCAGCCCCAACCUAUCCUGUGUAGUAAUGCCACUUUGACAUUAGACGCUGUGCGAGUCAGCGGCGCGUCAAGUCUGCUCUCAGUCCCACGAAGAAGAACGACUUCCGGCAGCGCGCUUGAAGUUAGCAUCACAGGAAUGGCUGAACAUCCUAAAAGGCGAUAUUCAUCUGCAUCCUGAGGGACCGCUCCCGACAAGAAACCACGUUCAACGGCAAAGAAAAGAAGCAACACAAGUAAAUCUCGAUGUGCCUUUCCACCGCUGCAGACAGCUCCUGAGAGUGAAGAGAUGCGGUUUGAUGCCGAGCUCGCAACUUUCCUGUUUGCCCGGUGAGUAGCCUCAGUGUUAGCUCCUUAGCUAAAAGUAUAAUCAGUGCAACGACUGACAAACCCUACCGACAAACAUUUCAGGUGGUGAUAUUGACGUUGUCGACGGACGUUUUAGCGGUUAGUAGGAUUGUGUCUGUUGCUCUCGGCUGUUGUACAGCUAGUUACGUCAGUAACUUUAAGCUCAUUUUAUAACUGAUGACUGUAACUCAAGAUUGUAUGGACCCAGUAGACCAGUGAAUACAGGUCGAUCGGUUCACCAUGUUGUCACCACUUCACUGUUAGGAGAUCAGCCACGAUUGAAAGUUCACUUGGUCUUUACAUUUUUCAGGCGAUUUCAUCAUACCUGUCUUUAUCAGGACCUGAGCCAGUACAGAUGGAAUACCGCCUCCACCUGUCUCACCAACGGCAGAGUCCAGACAGUGAGGGGAGAGUCUAGGGAUGGCAGAAUCUGCCUCGGGCCAGAACCAUACCUGCAAGAAACUGUAAGUCAUGCACAUUACUCCACCGUGUGUGUGUAUAAAGUGACCUUAACAAAUAAUUCCAAUGUUUGUAGUUGUAAAUCAACAUUUGUUAACCUGUAAAAAUAAAUCUGCAUGACAAAUUCAAGUUUCUAGCAUGUGUAGAAGAGAUUUGUAUUUGUUAAAGUCCACACAGAUCAUAGUCUAAUGUUUAAGAUGAGUUAAAAUGAUAUUGUUUUUGUUACAGUUAAGUUGUCAUCAUAUCAAAUGCAUCAGAAAACAAUGUAGAUGUGAUGAUUAAUAUAUUUGGCUUGAAUAAAAUGAAAAUAUUUGUUUGGAAACUUGCUGUGUCUGGUUGAUUUAUUGUGAUGGAGUAAUGAGGAACUACUAGCAGAUGUGUUUGAAAAGAAAACUGUUGUUGACUAGCUAUAUGUACCUAGGCUCAAAUGGGGUCAAAAUGAUUUUGGGCUUGUAAAGUGAUGUUCACAAAUAAGCUGCUGUUCCUGUUAGCAUUAGCUUUUUAUUUUUAAAUCUUUAUUGGUGAAAAAGUGACAGAAUAGAGGGGGUGGGGAGCAGCUUGCUAGCAUUAGCAGUAGCAUUUAUUUUUUUUGGUUAUUGGUGAAAAAAAACAUGGACAAACAGAACAGAGGGGGUGGGGUCGCUUGCUAGCAUUAGCAGCUAGCAUUAGCAAUUUUUGUUCUACUUUAUUGGUGGAAAAAAAACAGGGACAAAUAACAGAGGGGUGGGGCAAGCUUGCUAACAUUUGCAGUAGCACUGAUCAUCAGGAUUAGCAUCUUUUCUACAAUAAUGAAUGAUUACAGUUGUAAUGCUAACAAUGACAUACAAUAAACGAUGAUAAUGGCAGCAAUGUGCGUGUACACCCCCCCUUCCACCCCCCAUUUUCAUUAGCUCUAGCAUUACCAGGUGGCUUGUUCUUGUUGGCAUUUUUCAUUGAUAAAUGAAUUUAUAAAAUAAAAAUUUCAUAAGACUGCAAAAUGAUAAGUGGGGGUGCUAGUUGCUAUCAUUAACAUUAGCUUUUUUUUUUUUUUUUUUUUUUUUUUUUUUUUUUUUUUUUAAUUGGUGAAAAAAACAGGGACAAACACAAGGUGACGCCACAUCUUUGAGGUGGAUCCCCAGAGGUGCCUGUUGUCUCAUUGAGGCAUAGCGGUCCUCGCUGGAGGGGAAGCACAGGAUGCUUGGCCUCACUGUCACAGUAUAUUGUGUAUUAUCAUUUCCUGCAAACAUAAAAUUCAUUUUUGAUCCAAAACCUUUUUCCUCAAGCCAGUGCCAAGUACUUCCAAGCUCCUGGCAACACCUGCCAGACAGAGCAGGAUGAAUAGCGAGUUGUCUUCCCUCCCAGAUACCAGGAGACAGUUCAAGGCAGCGACGGGGAACAACACCUCCUGUCCUGGGAAGGAGAGUCUCCAGAGGUGAGAUUCACUUCAGAUAUCGCUGUUUCUGCUAAUUAAUAUCAGAUCUAUAUUAACACACACUGCUCUCUGAUUAUCUUUCAGCUGUCUACUUGGACUGAAUUCGGGCCCUGCAAACUGGGCCAGUGUUAGCCGCCUGGUGGAGGCACGUGGUCCACAGCGACCGUGAGGACUUGGUGGUCGUUCAUUCUCGAGGAUUAUGUGGCCAUCAGAGAGGCGGUGCUGGCCGGCCCGAGGUUGAUGGCUCAGACCAAUGUCCAGCUCUUUGAAUUACAUUGAGGACUCAGUGGUAAGAGUUUGUCAUAAAGCUGUGUUGGUGUGUUGCAAUUUGUUCUAUGGUUUAUCUUUUAAAGAAAGCUGAAAAUCCUAAAACAGUCUGUGUGUUCCAGGUGCUGGCCAGACUCUUCCUUCAGCAAAGGGUCUAUCAUUGGUACAGGUGGGACAAGGACAGCCCUUUAACUUCAUUGUCCCAUUCCUUCAGCGUCUCUGACAUCAUUGUAAUAGCAACCUACUUUCUUCUCAACCUCGCUGUCGGCAUCUGGGUAAGAGACAGAGCUGAAUAUAUAUAUGUGUGUUUGUGUGUGUGUGUUUCUCUCUACAGUUUAUGUGGCGUGUGUGCCUUUUUUCUCUAUCAGUCAUCAUGCAGGGUGAGCAGGAAUACUCUGAGCGGAUAUUUUUUGGCUGGACGGGACAUGGCCUGGUGGCCGAUCGGAGCGUCUCUGUUUGCCAGUUCAGAGGGCUCAGGUCUGUUUAUUGGUCUGGCUGGGACUGGAGCUGCAGGAGGCAUCGCUGUCACUGGUUUUGAAUGGAACGCCACCUAUGUGUUGCUUGCUCUGGCCUGGUUAUUUGUACCUGUCUACAUCUCCUCAGGGAUUGUGACAAUGCCGGAGUAUCUGGGUCGUCGUUUCGGGGGGGAGAGGAUCAGAACCUACUUGGCUGUCCUCUCACUGCUGCUGUCCGUCUUCACAAAGAUAUCAACCGACCUGUACUCUGGAGCCUUGUUUGUUCAGGUGUGUCUGGGAUGGAACCUCUACCUGUCCACUGUCCUCAUGCUGGUGGUCACUGCACUCUACACUAUUGCAGGUGGUCUUGCUGCUGUCAUCUACACCGACACUCUUCAGACAUUUAUCAUGAUUGUAGGAGCAAUCAUCUUAACAAUUACUGCCUUUAACAAGAUUGGUGGCUAUAGUAACCUGGAGCGAGUGUACAGCAUGGCAGUGCCCAGUAAGAUCAUUCCAAACAGCACCUGCCACCUGCCACGUCAGGACGCCAUGCACCUGUUCAGAGAUGCCGUCACUGGAGACCUGCCCUGGCCUGGCAUGACACUGGGGCUCACCAUACUGGCUACCUGGUACUGGUGCACCGACCAGGUUAUUGUACAACGGUCCCUGUCUGCUAAGAACAUGAGUCAUGUGAAAGGAGCAUCGAUCCUCGCUGCCUAUCUGAAGAUUCUGCCCUUCAUCUUCAUCAUCCUCCCUGGCAUGAUCAGCCGAGCUCUCUAUCCAGACACUGUUGGAUGUGUGGACCCUGAGGAGUGUGUGCGAGUGUGUGGAGCUGAGGUAGGAUGCUCCAACAUCGCUUUUCCCAAACUGGUCAUUGAACUCAUGCCGAGCGGCUUGCGGGGGCUUAUGAUAGCAGUAAUGAUGGCAGCUCUGAUGUCGUCACUGACCUCCAUCUUCAACAGCAGCUCCACACUCUUCACCAUGGACAUCUGGAAGAAACAUCGCCCACAAGCCACGGAGAAAGAGCUGCUACUGGUCGGCAGGAUUGUGACCGUGAUCUUGGUGGUGGUGAGUGUGGUGUGGAUCCCCAUCCUACAGUCGGCCAACAGUGGCCAGCUGUAUGUUUACAUCCAGUCUGUGACGAGCUACCUUGCUCCACCGGUCACUGCUGUUUUCACUCUGGCUGUCUUCUGGAAGAGAACAAAUGAGCAGGGUGCAUUCUGGGGCCUGAUGGUUGGUUUGGUGGUGGGUGUGUGUAGGAUGGUGCUGGAGUUUGCUUUCCCUCCUCCCAGAUGUGGCAUUGUGGAUUCUGCACCUGCAGUGCUGCGCGGCGUCCACUACCUCCACUUCGCCAUACUGCUCUGUGGGCUCACUGCUAUCGUGGUUACUAUAGUAUCACUGCUUACACCCCCACCCAGCCCUGAACAGGUGUGUAACCUGACCUGGUGGACAAUAACUGAAGAGCCACAAAGAGAAAUUCCUCUACAGAAAGUGUCCUCUGUCAGCCACCGUAUCUCCCAGGGCUCUGAGCCAGCUCGACGGAUGACAUGUGGUCAGGGGGUAGGUUCCUGUAUUGCAGCAGUGCGGCGAUCAGGAGAGACUCCAGCUCCCAGAGUUCCCAGUGUGAGAGAGAGUGUGUUCUGGUCCAGGUUCUGCUGUGCUAAUGCACUCCUGCUGAUCAGCAUUAACAUUUUUCUCUAUGCAUACUUUGCCUGAGUGGAGAAUCACAUUUAACAUCCUGCCUCACAAGGCUGCACAAACCUCUAAAUUUAUUUUCUUCAACAGCAAAUGCUGAGACAUUCUUUUAUCUGCAUCUGGAUCCACAUCUGCAACAAAUUACACAUAAUGACUGACAAUAAUAGAAUACACAUGUCAUACUUUUUUAUUCAAGUAAGUCCAAAAUUUCAUGAGAAAAUGGUGAAAAUGUGCAAAAAGGCCCCUUGUCACAAUGUUUUUAAAUCAUUAGCAGCUCAGGCUGUGUUCAGUGUUGUCCUUUAGAAUCACUUCAUUAGACAUACAGUGAUUCUACUUAUGUGUUUGAUGUUAUGUUUAUUAUUUUAACACUGCCCCCACUAUAGGAUUUCAGGUUGUUCUACUUGUUGUAAUCUAAAUUUAAAGUCUCAGGAGGGUAUUGUACCAAUUACAAUGAAGCUUGUGGCUUGUAACAAGCUAACAUGAAUGUGCAGUUAGUGCUUGAUGCACAUCAUAUCUUGUACCUAAAGCUUACAAAAUAUAUAGUAAGAUAAUAUAGUACAUCUGUGUGGGUUAGGUUGUAUGUUCCAUUUCAUUUAUAAUUUAGAUGUUUAAUGGUAAUUAUAUAGUUUUGUUGAUGGCCUUAUAUCUGUCAAGUAAGGUUUUUGUGAACCUUCAGUUAUUGUUCUAGUGUUCUUUCAUGCUGUUAAGCUUAUUUUAAUUAAUAUAAAUCAGAAUUUCUCAACCUUUUCUUGUCCAUUACAAAUUCUCAUGACUCCAGCUAUUAGAGUUUUUAAGUUGUCAUCACAUUCAUAACUCAAAAUGCAUCAAAAUUAUAUUGAAAUAAUGAGAAGAUUUAUAUUUAUUUUUCUAUUACAAAUUUAUCAGUGUUGAAAAUCGCCUCCAGCUCCGGUCUACUUGACAACAAGGGGCAUCAAGGCUGAGAAACUCUAAUAAUAAUGUCUAUGUUGCUGUGCAUUCAUUUUUUUAUUGGUGAAAUUCAUUAAGAAGUAUUGAGAAGCACAAAUUGUUGGAUGUGAAGAUCCUCAUGUCAGUCAAGGGACAAAAUAUCUUGACAACUUGCCCCUCAAAGGUUUUUUUCUUGUGAUAUUGCUAAUAAAUGUAAAGAUAUAUGCAUCAAA